CUAUUCUCUGUUUACGAGACACGGUCACUUUCAUUAAAAACGACGCGCAUUCUUUUGUUGUUUUUUCAAAAAGGUAAGUGGUUCGUUUUAAAAAAAUUAUUAUCCCGGUUAACUUUCUUGAUGAAAAGUGGACGUCAUGCCGUUUCUACUGGUCCUAACUCAUAACUUUUGUUGUAUUAAACGACGGUUUGAAUCUACUCUCAUAUGAUAAGUAAGUCUUUCGAGUUUCAAUUAAUAUUGCAUUCAAACCAUGAUCAUGUAUGCAAUCUCCUACUUUUUUUCAGGUAUCACUAAAAGAAGAAACGAUGUACAAAAAUGAAAUAAAAUCAGAGUACGUGCAACAUACGUAAUUGUAUAUAUAGUUAAAGAAAGGAGCAAUAUAUAGCAACGAUUGGAAUCACAUCUACAUGUAGAAGCAUGUGAAAUUUAUUUAUGGGUUUGUUUAUAGAAUUGGAACCUUUUUAUUAGAACUCAAACCUAACACACAAACUGCAGCUACCAACCGGUGGUUACAAGAUUGCAAUAUUCUUCACUAGAUUAUAAAUUUCAAUCUUUGAAGCUUUAUAGUUUGAUAUUUCAUAGACUAGUAUACGAAUAGACGUAGCACAUUAUACGUGAACCCUGUCUCCAGUAAUAAUCUAUCACAUUUAUGUACAAUAUUGGUGGAUAAUAUAGAGAAGAAAUUAAAAGAUAACCAACGGACAAACAUAAAAUCUGAUUUUGAUAUUAAAUACUAUUGUUGGUUUUGUUUCUGUCUGUAAAACAUUAAAAACAAAAAAGCCCGAUAAAUUAUUUCCCUUGAAGAUAUUUUUAUUUAUUUUACUACUGUUGUUGAAGAUAAAAGUUAUUUUAAAAAAUGUCUUGAAGAUAUUAAAAAACAAAUAAGCUGUUAAAAGAAAUUGUAUGCUGUUGAAAAAAACUGAUGGGAAAGAGAAGGUUUCAGAAAGCAAAUGAACCGUCAGUGACGGUAUCAGAAGCUUCCUCUCCGUCGGGGUCUCAGACAACAAGGAGACGAAGGGGAAGGCCGAGGAAGAAUCUUGAGAGUUCAGAAGAUUUCAAUAAGGAAGAAUCCGAAGAAGACGAAGACUACGAAGAAGAAGAAGUUGAGAUUAUUAACAGAGAGAAACAGAAGAGGAAAGUUAGACGUAGCACUAGUGUGGAAGAAGAGCAAAAGUGGAAACAUGAAGACUUACCGAAUGAGGAGGAUGAGAAGAAGCCGGACACGACGGUGAAGGCGGUUGCACCGCUGUCACAUAGACGGUCGAGGAGGAAGAACACACCGGUGAAGAGCUGGUAUCAAUAGGCUUAAAAUAUUGUGCGUGUUCAUCGUUUAACUAUUGUUGUUAUAAAUUAGUUAAGAACCAUGAUGGGAAGAAGACCUUUGAUUUAUAAUUUCAUGAAUCAGAUAAAAACAAGUUUUGCCAACAACGGUUUGGUUUUAGAGAAUAAUUUAUGGCGAUUUGAAAUUAACUAAAAAUUAAUUGUUUCAUAAAUAAUGCUUGAUAGGGUUUUAAGUUGUGGUAGGUUUUUUUAAUGUUUGAUUUAUGUAUUUGAUGGUAACGUCACUUUAGGAUAUUUGAAUGAUACCAAAAAGAUGCACACGGUGAAUAGAUAAGUUAAGAAACUAAUGGAUAUUGCUGGUGUAAGGGCAUUGCAGUAGAGCCUAACUCCAAAUCCUAAGUAAAAAAUUAUAAAAUUUCACGCUAUAUUAAGGAUUAGCCUCUUCUUAUCCUUAUAUAAGUAUCAAUCCGUGAGAAAUAUUGUCAUUGUUUGCGGAUCCCGCUGUUAAGUGGCGACUUGCCAUCGGUUAUUUUUCUUUUUUUUGUUGAAAAAUAAAUAAUAAUAAAAAAAUAAAAAAGUGAAUUUUUAAGGAUUAUCCACGGUUGCACAUGGUCAACUUGUCUAUUAUUAAAAGGUAAAGCUAGAUUUAAUAGAACUUGCUGUAUUUAUCAUUCAACUAAUUAAUCAGUAUAAAGAGUGUAGACCAUAGAAGAAAAUAAACUAUGUGAUCUAACAUCCAAAAGAAAAUAAAGUGGAGAAAUCAAUUUAGCCACACUAAUUAUAUUCAAAGAAUCAAGAAGCAAACGUCUAAUUUGGUAAAUAUCAUCCGAAGCCAAGAACACGCAAUAGACGAUAUCGAUAAGAGGAUGACCAAGACCAACCAUAGUGCAAGAAACAGAUCUUAUAAU